AGGAUUGUGAAGAGGAAAGAGAGAAAGGGAAAGUGAAAGCCCUUCAGCCACACUCGCCUCUGGACAGUGCCUGCACUGCACGGCGGGAAGGAAGAUCCAUGUCGGAAUGCUGCGAACUGGAAGUUGAACAAGAAAACCCCGAGCGUCUUUGUCCUGUGCGUGGGUCUUUGCCGCUGGCGAGGGGCAAAAGAGAAGAAACUGGACGUCAACAGAAGAAGUUUAUUGAGUCACUUUGAGGAUCGAAGCGGCACUCGCUCUGCAGCCCUCCUUUGUGUUUGUACCAGCCUGAAGGACCGAGAAGGAGGAUUCCCCCAGAAGUAAAAAAGAAACGCUAUCGUCUUUUUGUUUUGUUGAUGCCAUCUGAAAAUGCUCUUUGCAGCUUCAAUCUUAGGUCUUUCCCCGCUGCUUUGGUGGUACCGCAUUCCACUGCACGGACACUGAAGGCAACGAAGAAAAUACUCUGUCACAGAGUGAGAGUGCGGCAUAAUUAGUGAAGUAGUGGCUGCUGUGGAAAGAUGUUUUGAAGAUGACUUUCUUCUGAAAAAAUAGUGUUGCUAACCUUGGAGGCACUUGCAAGUGCGUUUUUGUGUGCACAUCGCUUUCAUACUCAAAGGACUAGGAUUUGUACGUGGAUGCGGAUUUAGCUUUUCAUAAUGACCUCGCCAGGAGGCUUUGGCUGGUGCUGCCGGCUGUCGCUGCUCGCUUCUUGUUUCUUUAUCGCCUUGGCAGCCAAACCAAGAAGGCCCGGCCACACACACCUCAACUCAAUACGCAUCGAUGGGGACAUAUCUCUGGGUGGGCUUUUCCCUGUGCAUGCAAGAGGAAAUGACGGCAAAGCCUGCGGCGAGCUUAAGAAGGAGAAGGGGAUCCACAGGUUGGAGGCGAUGUUAUUCGCCCUGGACCGCAUCAAUAAUGACAAUGAACUGCUGCCCAACAUCACUUUAGGGGCACGCAUCCUGGACACAUGCUCCCGGGACACUCAUGCGCUGGAACAGUCGCUGACGUUUGUACAGGCUCUGAUUGAGAAGGACUCAACCGACGUCAAGUGUCUCAGCGGUGGGCCGCCCAUCAUCACAAAGCCGGAGAGAGUGGUCGGAGUGAUUGGCGCGUCAGCCAGCUCCGUGUCAAUUAUGGUGGCCAACAUACUACGUCUGUUCAAGAUCCCUCAAGUGAGCUAUGCCUCCACAGCCCCAGAGCUCAGUGACAACACGCGUUAUGACUUCUUCUCUCGAGUGGUGCCUCCAGACACUUACCAGGCCCAGGCCAUGGUGGACAUCGUCAAAGCCAUGCGUUGGAACUAUGUGUCUACUGUAGCCUCUGAGGGAAACUACGGAGAAAGUGGCGUGGACGCAUUUAUUCAAAAGUCUCGGGAGGACGGUGGCCUGUGCAUCUCCCAGUCUGUGAAAAUUCCACGUGAACCAAAAGCUGGGGAAUUUGACAAGAUUAUACAAAGGCUGAGUGAGAACCCAAAUGCUCGAGUGGUCAUUAUAUUUGCCAAUGAGGACGACAUCAGGCGGCUGCUCGAAUCGGCAAAGAAGGCCAAUCAAACAGGACAUUUUAUCUGGGUGGGUUCAGACAGCUGGGGAUCCAAAAUCUCCCCGAUACUGAACCAGGAAGAGAUGGCUGAAGGAGCUGUAACCAUCCUACCAAAACGGCAGUCCAUCAAAGGGUAUGAUCGCUACUUUAUCAGCCGAACACUGGAGAACAACAGGAGAAACAUUUGGUUUGCAGAGUUCUGGGAGAACAACUUCCAAUGCAAACUAAGCCGACACGCUGUGAAGAAAGGCUCUGGCAUCAAAAAGUGCACAAAUCAUGAGAGGAUUGGCAAAGAUUCCUCCUAUGAACAAGAAGGAAAAGUCCAGUUUGUGAUUGACGCGGUUUACGCCAUGGCUCACGCUCUGCACAACAUGCACAAAGACCUGUGCCCGGGGAAGGUUGGCCUCUGCCCUAAGAUGGACACCAUCAAUGGCACGCUGCUGCUGAAAUACAUUAGAAAUGUCUACUUCUCAGGAAUUGCCGGAAUGCCGGUGGUCUUCAACGUGAAUGGAGAUGCUCCUGGUCGUUAUGAAAUCUACCAAUACCAGAUGAAAAAUAACACCACAGAGUACAAAAUUAUUGGCCACUGGACCGACCAGCUCCACUUGGAUAUGGAUGAGAUGCAGUGGCCAGGUGAAAGUCAAGAAGUGCCAUCUUCCAUAUGCAGCCAACCUUGCCGAGCUGGUCAGCGCAAGAAGACAGUCAAAGGAAUUCCGUGUUGUUGGCACUGUGAAAACUGCGACGGCUACCAGUACCAGGCUGACACGUACACCUGCAAGAUGUGUCGCUUUGACCUUCGGCCCAAUAAGAACCACACUGGCUGUGUUCCUAUUCCCAUUGUCAAACUGGAGUGGAGCUCCCCAUGGGCGGUCAUCCCCGUCCUCAUUGCCGUCCUGGGCAUCAUGGCAACGCUGUUUGUUGUUGUCACCUUUGUGCGCUACAAUGACACACCCAUAGUUAAGGCCUCAGGCCGAGAACUGAGCUACGUGCUUCUGACUGGCAUCUUCUUGUGCUACGCCACAACAUUUCUUAUGAUCUCUGCCCCCGAUGUGUUUAUUUGCUCACUGCGCAGGAUCUUCCUCGGCUUGGGUAUGAGUAUCAGUUACGCAGCACUCCUCACAAAGACUAAUCGCAUCUACAGGAUUUUUGAACAGGGCAAAAUGUCGGUCAGCACCCCUCGGUUCAUAUCCCCAGCCUCACAGUUAGUUAUCACAUUCAGUCUGAUUUCCGUUCAACUCCUGGGCGUGUGUAUCUGGUUUGGUGUUGACCCAUCACAAGCCAUCAUUGAUUACGAGGACCAGCGUACAGCUAAUCCUACUAUGGCCCGUGGCGUCUUGAAGUGCGACAUAUCCGACCUGUCCCUCAUCUGUCUGUUGGGUUACAGCAUGCUCCUGAUGGUCACCUGCACUGUUUACGCCAUCAAGACCAGAGGGGUGCCCGAGACUUUUAAUGAGGCCAAACCUAUCGGCUUCACCAUGUACACCACUUGCAUCGUUUGGCUUGCCUUCAUCCCCAUCUUUUUUGGGACUUCGCAGUCGGCAGAAAAGAUGUACAUCCAGACAACAACCUUGACCAUCUCCGUGAGCCUGAGUGCGUCCGUCUCUUUGGGAAUGCUUUACAUGCCCAAAGUCUACGUGGUUCUCUUUCAUCCGGAGCAGAACGUACCAAAGCGCAAGCGCAGCCUGAAGGCUGUGGUGACGGCUGCCACCAUGUCCAACAAGUUCAACCCAAAAGGUGGUCUACGGCCCAACGGGGAGGCCAAGUCGGAACUAUGUGAAAGUCUGGAAACACAAGCGUUGGCCUCCAAGCAGACGUACAUAAGCUACAGCAACCAUGCCAUCUGAGAAGCAGUUGAGCGUGGGGCCGCCUGAGACGAAAUCCCCUGAUUCUGGACGAUAACGCUGGAGGAGAGAUUCCGGAUGAGCUACUGCGGCAGAGAGAAAAAUCAGGAUAGAAAGGAUGUCAUAUUUUUUUAAAUAAUAAAAUGCCGCAUUUAUCAGAAAUGAGUAGAAUGCAGGGGAUGAAUAAAAGAAGACUGGAUUCAUUUUCCCUUACAUUCCGUCUGAAACUUUUAAAAGUUGGGCUGUUUGUUUCCAAAUGCAGGUUGGGUACUCCCUAUCAGGUGUAUAGCCCACAUUUAAGUCCUCUCUUGACUAAUUUCAACAAGCAAAGGAGGGUGGGGGGGUCUGAUUUGGCAGUUAGUCAAGUUGUUAACUGCAGUACUCUUCAAUUUGUACAUGCCUUACCAGAGUCCAUUGAGUAUUGCAACAAGAAACAUCCACACCUGGAUCUGACAACAACAAAACUGUCGUCCAUUAUGUUUUUUAUUUUUUUUAAAUUUCCUUUUGGUGUUCCAUAUUUAUCUCAAUGACAACAUUCGGCAAACCUAGUGUACAGUCCUAAAGCAUGCUUGUGGGAGCAUCCCUUGUACUGUGUGUUGUGUUGUCCAUGGAAUGCAACAUUUGUCAUGGUCUUAGUGGGGACCAUGCGCAAAUAUCUGAUAUAUAAACUCAAAAAGGUGACCAACUCAA